AUGCGCCUCACGGCCGUAAUCCUCGCAAAUCUCUCCGCUUUCAUCGUCUCUGCUUCCACCCUGCCCAAGACGCCUCCGGCUCCCUCCCGCCUGAACAUCACAACUAUCGCUGCUGCCAGCGACAAAUCAACACUCGAAUGCUGGCAGCUUAGCGCACCUUUUGUGCAAUCGAGCCAAGCAGGUACAUCUGGGGCUGUGAUCGCCCAAUUGGGCGAGACAGGGGCGACGAGCUAUUCCUUGAUACCAUCGCAGUUCGAUGGCGGUUUCCAUAAUGCCCCUGUCGUGCAAUACGUAGCUUUCACAUCGGGCCUCGCCGUCGUCUCCCUUCCAAACUCUACUCGAACAGCCACUAUCCCCGGUGGCCGCAAUGGAUUGAUCCUAGCAACGGACACAACAAAUGUCAGCACGCUGGGCCACAAAACGGUGUACCCGAGCAAGGAGGUUACGGUGGGUAUACAGAUACCUACGAGGGAUAACGAGAUCCCCCUGCAUACGGUGCUCCAUGCGGGACCGUGUACGAGGGGGGAGAUGGACCAGUGA